AUGUGGGUCGGAUCGGCCACAGUUGAGGACAAUACAUACGGAUACCAUACUGAUAUACGGCAGGCACUUGCAUUUGCGGCACAGUGUACUAUGACAGUGAGUGUCUCAUACGGCCUUGGGUUACACCAGGGUCAGCUUUCGCACCAGCAGAUUGUUGCCAGCAACUACUGGAGCUGGAUCGCUCAAGUUCUGGCCAUUCUUGAUCUGGCCAUCGCCCGGUGUGCAGUCAUCGCUUUCCUCCUCGCCUUGCAAAUGCAUACCCACCGCAACGGCCGCUGGGCACUGCUCACGGUGGGUGCCCUUCAAGGACUGAUCAAUGUCGCCGAGAUUGGGGUCAUCUUCCAUCAGUGUGAUCCCCCUCGGCGAUUGUGGGAUAUGGACGUUCCAGGGACAUGCAAUCUAAUCGAGACCUGUUUGUAUAUCGGAUACGCUCAGGGUGGAAUGGGUGCACUCGCGGACCUCUUUCUUGCCUGUUAUCCGGUCUAUAUUAUCGGACGACUUCAGCAGAUGAGACUUUCCGUCAAGGUUGGACUAUGCUUGUUGAUGAGCGGAGGUGUCAUAGCAGGAAUCGCCGGCAUCAACAAGACAGUCGCCAUAUCCACCAUCGCCGAAACCGCCGACCAGACGUACGCCAUCGCCAAACUAAAUACCUGGGUGCUGACAGAGAUGUGGUUUAUUCUCGUCUUUGGGUCAAUUCCGGUCCUGCGCCCCUUCUUCGUGCGGUUCUCUCAGAGCAUCAAAUCGGUCGCCGGAUACUCGGGUUCGCGCAGCCGCACUCAUACCGAUGGCGAUCGUCGGGGGAGUCGUCCCAAUAACGAGACAUGGAUAAGCCUCGAUGGCCAGCAGCGUAGUCCCUGGAUUGCUAAUGGGCCUCGUACGAAGAAGGGAGUGUCCGGGGGGAUCCAUGGAGGCAGUGAGGAGAACAUCCUGUCCGCGACGUAUCCUGAUCAGAUCGUUGUUACGAAGAGAACUACUGUGAUGGAGGAGCCUCGCUAG